UCAAAAAUGCGGGACAGAACAGAUUUUAGAGUUUAUGAAGCUCCAGUCACAAUUAACAGGUGUGUUUCGAACAAAAGGUAUUGCUUUAGUGACGCUUUUUCAUUGGGAAACAGUUUUUUGAGUGUAAAUAUACCAAAAAACCCGCUUUACAAUAUUUACAAUAAAAAAACACAUUUCCCAAUCAAAACACCAUUAGGCAAAGUUCCAUACAUUAGGCCGAACCCAGUUAGGAUACAACAAGUUAAGGACCGGGUGAAGAAUGAAUGCCCCAAGAAGAUAUUCAACAUUCUGCGCGAAGAGGCCGAUGGCAAUAUCGAGCUUGAGCCCAGAAGCAUCAAACAGUGAGGAAGCUAUGCGUCAGUCUUCCAGUACCAUGGGUAGAUCUAGUGUAGAGAUGGAAAAUCAUGUCUAUAUGAAGGCAAAAACUCGGGAAGAAUAUUUGGCCCUGGUGGCAAGACUUAUUUUGCAUGUUAAAGAUUAUAACAAAGACAAGAAGCCUCAGCAGGUAGUAGGCCAAGGUCCUGGUCCAGGGAUGAUGCCCCCUGGUGGAGGUGGAAUGUCAGGUCAGCUUCCUCAACAGCCUGACCCCAUUAAUGCUCUUCAAAACCUAGCCCGUCAGGGUAUGCCACCAAUGAGUGGCAGUCAGUGUAUGUCACAAAUGCCUAGCAGCCAGAGUAUGCCGCAAGUGAGUGGCAGCCACAGUAUGCCACCAUUAGGUAGCAGCUAUUGUAUGCCUCACAUGAGCAAUAACAAGGGCCAUUCUUUAAUGAGUCCUGGGUUAUCUCCCCUUGGUAACAACCCAUCCAUGAUGCCGCUGAACGGUAACCCGGGUAUGUUUCCAAUGGUGGGGCAGUCAACAAUGCCACCCGGUAUGAUGCCUACCCACCAGAUGACACAGCAACAACGCCUGAUGUUGCAACAGCAGCAGCAGCAACAAAUGAUGCAGAGAGUUCAACAGCAACAGCAGCAGCAGCAGCAACAACAACAGCAGCAGCAGCAACAACAACAGCAGCAGCAGCAGCAGCAACAACAGCAACAGCAACAGCAGCAGCAGCAGCAACAACAACAACAACAACAGAAGCCUCCAUUACAGCGACAAGAUGCCUUUAUCGUAACUUCACCACAAAAUGUCACCCCUGUUCAGAGCCAACCUCUUGCAGCCUCUGUUCAAAAUAUUGUUUAUCAGUCUGCACCUGGACAGCCAUCUAGACCAACUGGGCCUGGGCAACAAUUCCAACAGGCACCAGUCCAGCAAGUUUCCUCUGCACAAACAUACAUCGCUCACUCUCCAGCACAGAUGAGUUCUCCAAUGACGAUGUUGACAACACCCUCACCACAGUCUCAGAUUACGCCAUCUCCAGCAUCUAACAAAUCAUUCGCUCAGGCACCAUCUCCCAGCAACCCACUCAAUACACCAGGUAACCCAGGCUCUGUAGGUCCUGUUCCCAGCCCUAGUCAGCCACGGAACACCUCUGAGGAGCAGGCCUACGUGGAGAAGCUAGCCAGACUGUCCAAGUACAUAGAACCAUUGCGCAGGAGUGUCAAUAGGUUGGAGAAUAAUGAAGGUAAAAGAAAAGACUACAAUAAGAUGAAGAGUCUGCUGGACAUUCUCACAGAUAAUUCCAAUCAAAGGGUGUCAUUUGCUACAUUGGACAGAUGUGAACAGGUUCUUAAAACAUGGAAUAUUCCUACAAAACCGUCAUCAUCGUAUACCAAUAUAUAUCAGCCACUGAUAGACUCAAUAACCCAGAAUGUGGAAUCCCCCAUGUUAAACCACAGCCUGCAUCGGACAUUUGGGCCUUCCAUAGCUACAUUGUAUGGAUCACCCAUCAGGUCUCCCAGCCCCCCGCUGAAGAAGCUGAAAAGGAAGCAUGAGGAGGAGAAGGAAGGAAUACCUGACAUCUUACAAGGGGAGAUAGCUCGUCUCCACAACAGAUUCAAGAUUAACCUCGAUCCUCUGCAUCACCCAACAUCCAGCUCGGUCCAUCUCAUAUGUCAGCUUGAUGAUAAAAAUUUACCAAGUGUGCCACCUAUAACAGUGACAGUGCCUGGGACCUACCCUGGUACAAGUCCUGAAUGUGAAACCGAAUCUCACAGUUACGAGUGCAGUCCGUUUUUCCAGUGUGUCCAGGCUCACCUAUCUUCCUCAGUGCUUCGUAUGCCAAACAAGUUUUCUCUCACAGCUCUGUUGGAUACAUGGGAGAUGUCGGUGAGAAGAGCCUGUUCUCAAAAUUUGUGUUGACCAAAGUAUAUCGUUAUCAUGAAUCACGAUGGCGACUCAUGAAAUGAAUACUGUUGUGCUUACCGUAUACCUUAACUUUAAAGCCAGGGAACCAUGUUGGACCAGCUGUUAGAUUGACCUCUCAGCAUUGGUUUACUUAUGUUUUCUGUAGACACUGACAUUUACAAAGCAAAAAGCCUUAGAACAUGUUCUCAUUUUUCAGAAAUGUGAAAACUGUUUUGUACUAUUAUCAGUAUAAACAUCAUGUUGUUUACAAAUACACCAGAAAUUGAAUAUUGAUGAUGUUUUCUCAUUGAAAAUUAGACACUAAUUUUCCCUGUACAUUUGUAAAAUGUAAAUCAUGGAUGUUUUAAAAAAAAAAAAAUGGAAGUGGAAAUCAAAGUAAAAAUAUGAACAUUGACAUGACUUCAUUUGUAAGGAUAUAUUCAAAUUUAAACUGCCCACCUUGGCACAGAAUACAAUAAAUAAAACAGAUUUUAGAAAGAAAAAACAAUUUGGUUCUUGAAAAACUUUAGCAUUUAACAACAACCAGUUUGCAUGUUGAAAACUAAGAAUCACACCAAAUAAUACUUUGUAUAUGCUAGUAAUGUCUUCUUAAUUGAACCAUUUUAAUCUAGUCACUCCUUCAGACAGAAAAAUGAAAUGACUGUUCAAUAAUGCAUUUGCUGUCAACACACAAUGAUGUUUGUUAUGUUUAUGUGUUAAUGUAAGAUAAAAAUUGUAUAUGUUAACAUCUGAAUGUUUAGGGGGAUUUUUUGUCCUAUGUACAUAUACAUGUAAAAUAAAUAUUAAGUAUUUUACAAA